AUGGAUCUAAGCGGGAAAACCAAGGUAUUCUCCACAUUGCUUCGACACAAGAAAGAACAAGAGUUUCAAUGGAUGGAAGAACAUCAGAAGGCGUUCGAGGAAAUAAAAGCCAGCUUAACAACGGCACCAGUCAUGGCUCCUCUCAUUCGUGGAAAACCAAUGAAACUCUACAUUUCGGCAUCAGAGGAAACUAUUGGCAGUGUGUUGGCUCAAGAUGAUGAAGAUGGAAUCGAAAGGGCUAUAUAUUAUUUGAGCCGAAUCCUUAAUGAUGCCGAAACUAGAUAUAGUUUAGUAGAAAAAUUGUGUUUAUGUUUGUAUUUUUCAUGUACUAAACUUAAGUACUAUAUUAAACCUAUUGAUGUAACUGUUAUUUCCCAUUAUGAUAUAAUAAAGCAUAUGCUGUUCAAGCCCAUUCUUCAUAGUCGAAUUGGAAAGUGGGCGUUGGCCCUUACUGAGUUUUCUUUAAGUUAUCAACAUUUAAGGGCUAUGAAAGGCCAAGUAAUAGCUGAUUUUUUGGUUGAUCAUAGUGGGUCGAAAGAACAGGAGACAGUGGUGACGUUGAAACCUUGGGAAAUGUAUUUCAAUGGUUCGAGGCAUAAGAAAGGGACCGGGAUAGGUAUCUUGAUAAUUUCACCCCAAGGAAUCCCGACAAAAAUUAAGUUGGGCAUCGAAGGUGAGUGUUCGAAUAAUGAGGCGGAGUAUGAAGCUUUAUUGAUAGGGCUCGAAACGGCUCUAAACUUGGGGGCUAGAGAGCUCUUAAUUCGUGGAGAUUCAGAGUUGGUUAUUAAACAACUAACUGGUGAAUACCAAUGUGUUAGUGAGAAUUUAAUGAAAUAUCAUUCGAAAGCAGUUAAAAUGUUAAGAAGUUUUGAUGAAGUCGAAUUAUGUCAUAUCCCUAGGAUCGAGAAUGCUGAAGCGAAUGUUUUGGCACAAAUUGCGUCAGGUUACCGGCUACCUCGGAAAAAGCUUAAAGAGCUAGUAAAGGUCAAAAGAAAGUUUAUCCCUAGUUUUAAGGAAAGGAAAAUGGAGUUCGAGCAGGAGGUAUUGGUCAUUAGUAAUUUAGAUGACAGUGAUUGGAGGAAACCUGUCGUGAAAUACUUGCAAAACCCAAAUGCACCAACAGAUCGAAGAACAAAGUAUCGAGCUCUAAGUUACUUGAUUUUGGAUGACGAAUUGUUUAAAAAAGGGGUGAAUGAAGUUUUACUAAAGUGCCUAAGUGAAGAAGAAGCGUUUCGAGCAGUCAAGGCCAUUCAUGAUGGUAUGUGUGGGGCGCAUCAGGCUGGCCAUAAGAUGAAGUGGACAUUGUUUCGACAAGGAGUAUAUUGGCCAAAUAUGUUAAAAGAUUGCAUUGAAUAUGCCAAAUCUUGCGCCGAAUGUCAGAAGCAUGCUGGCAUCCAACAUGUACCGGUAAGUGAGUUACAUUCGAUCGUGAAACCCUGGUCAUUUAGGGGGUGGGCGUUGGAUUUGAUUGGUCAAAUACAUCCUUCUUCGUCUAAACAACAUGACUAUAUAAUAGUGGCUAUCGAUUAUUUCACUAAAUGGGUCGAGGCCAUUCCGCUGAGAGGUGUCGACCAAGAUACGCUUAUUAGUUUUAUUCAAGAACACAUAGUAUUCAGAUAUGGGAUUCCUGAGACGUUAACUACUGACCAAGGGUCAGUAUUUACUGGAAGGAAUUGUAAGAUCAAGUUUUGA